AUGUUCUAAACAACCAGCAGCAUUAAUUCUCAGCAGUCUCCAAAUCGAUUUAAGUUCAAGUCCAAAGUUAGGUACCUUAUUAAUAGAAAUUUAGUUUUUUCAAUGACACUAUGGUGCCAGCAAUGACCACAAAAAUUACUUUGCAAUACAAGGAAUUUUUAAGAAAUUUGAUCUCAUGUAUUCAAGAGAAGGCCUCCUUUGUGAAUUUUCCUGAGUUUGAUUAACUUAAGUCAUAGCAGAUAGCAGUUUCCAUAUAGAGUUGUUAUAAUCCAAAAUUUAAGAGUACAGGUGUAGAUGAAACAAAAGAGGCAUUUUAAGACUUAUUGGAUGAGAUAAAACAAACUAUCAAUAGAAAGUAAAAUUUUAUUGCAUAUUUAAUAGGUAUCCGUUCAUAAAAGUAUAUCGAUAACAAAUAAGUCAUCCUGAUCACUACCUAUAAAUCCAACUCUAUCAACCUGAAGUCCAUUCAGUUGUAUUGUAUUCUAGGUAAUUUUCAAAAGAGCAAAUCACUCCUAAAUUAAUAGCUGAUUUAGUAUGGCUCCAUCUAAGAAAAUUUAAUUUAACAGUCAAUGUUGAUUGUCCAAUCAAGAAUGUUGUUCCUGUUUGUGAAGAGGGAAUGCAAAGAAACAUUUUAGAGGGACUUUAAGUGACUGUCCGUUAGAGAGAGGCUCCAACAUUAUAAUCAGCAUAAACUCCAACAAAAUAAAUAGUCAUAAGAACUUCAUUUUGUUAAUAAGGCAGUGCUUAAAAAAGUGGAUCUAAAUUAGAUAUUUACAAGAGUACAGAAAAUAUAAGAGAUAUGGAGAAAUCAGUAAGAGUUUAUUUUUCACCUACUAAAUCUUAAGCAUGGAUGACUCAAACUAAUGUCUCAUAAAUUGAUUUAUCAGGAUAAAAGCAAAGAGCCUAAUCACCUGAGAAAAAAUUUACUGUUAAAUUGUUCAGUCAAACAAUUCCAAUAAGUUGUUUUGAUGAAGCCAAAUUUAUUGAUUUAGUUUAAUAAGUCAAUGCUUAUGAAAUAGAAAUUACUGGAAAUUGCAUUUAAACAACAAAAACUCAAUUAAAUGUUGAUGAACUCCUUGACGAUAAUACAGACAUUGUGUAUGUUUCUACUAGAGUAGAAAGAAAUGAUGUGAUUAAAUGCAUUGUUAAAGCUCCUGAAGAUGCUACUGUUAAUGUGACUAAGAAUAUUACUGAGACAUUGACUUACGAUAUGAAUGAAUAAGCUUUUGUAUUCUAUGGAAGAGACAAAUAAGAAUAUGUCAUUGAUGUAAGUAAAAAGGAUUGCUUUUCUUAAAAGAGAACAGUAUUUUUAUAAGGGAAUGCUGAUGUGAAAAUUGAAUUUGAUUUAGUUAGUUGUGUUGAAACCACCUUGUAAUUUAGAGCCUAUAAUAUUCUGUUAAGAAGUGGGUAGCACAAAGAUAUUGAGAAUUGCAGACUAGAAAUAUUUUAAUCUGAUUAAGCAGAUCAAGAACCUAUAGUAGGCACAACCAACGAAUAAGGAUUAUAUAGUUGUCCAGGAUUGAUGUUUAAAUAAGUGAGAGUGCAUGCAUAAAGAAAAGGGUUCUUGUAAGUAUCCUAUGAUUUUGAUGUGCUUGCUAAUUCUACAGGGUAGUUACUGAAUAUUCCUAUGAUUCCAGACUAUUAUAGUCUUAUUAAUCAAUAUCAUAUAUUGAUAUAUGUUCCAAAUAAAAAUAACUUUUAACUAGACUUUUCACUUGUCUGUCCAGGUAUUUAAUUAAUUAUAUUAUGCAAGAUGGUACCAAGAUAGAUUCUAAAAAUAGACAGCAUAAUGUAAUGAAGUCAAAAUUGGAGAUAAAUAGAAUUAAUUAGUAGACAAUGUUAUGGAAUUUCUCUGUUCAUGUUCAAUCCCUAGAUCCAUUUUUACCUGACAAUUGUUUUCAGUUCUUCAUUAAUAAUUAAAAACCUAAACGCACUCUACUUUGUUAAGAGCCAUUGUCACCUUAAUGCAAGGAAAAUGGAGUUAGCAGUGCCACAAAAGCAUCGUGUUUUAAGACUGUUAAUUUGAAUGAGAUGUUCUUAAAAACAAGAGUUAUGUAAACAGAAAUUAAGACAUUUGUGAGAUAAGAGAGUGAUGUUAUAGCUUAAAAGAUCAAUAAUUAUUGUGCAGAGGAAUCUGUUAGAAUAUUUGUUACUUUUGGACACAAAGUGUUGGAGACAUUCAUGAUUUAGAGCAAUUUAUUGAUGCAUAAUGAGAAAUGCUUUGGAGUGAUUGAUUGUAAGAUUUCAUAUUUAUUGUUCAAGUGGAUAAGAGGUCAUUUAUUAGAGAUAAUGAAGUGAGUUAACAAAAUAUUAAGAGAAUUCUUUCGAAGAUGCCAACGUUCAAGAAAGAGUUAAGGGGGGGGAAUGAGGAUAGAACGAUGACUACAAUUUUAUCCCACAUCACAAAUUAAAGAUUUUAGGAAUGAG